AUGAGUGUGAAUACAAUCAAAGAUAGAGAUGACCACCAUGCAAGAAGUAAUCUGGAAACAACCGAAAAAGAACAAAAGACACCGAAAGGGGUGGCAUCAUCAUCACAAGUGGGAAAUGCGCCUACCACACAACCAGAAACACCAAGCUUACUACAGUCACCUUACAAAGGGCAUCCGGUAGUACCGCAACAUUCCUCACCGCAGCCAAGCCAAUUUCACCAAUCCAUUCCUUCACUAUCCGCAUUAAAUGAGUCCAUUCAAAAACCACAAUCGGCUUCGACCGCACCUUCCUCUCCACAAAAGACCAUAAGUGACCCGGGCUUGUUGACUUUAUUGGGCCCAAACGUCAGUUCGUUUCCAUUUAGUGAACUGGCUUUUAUCGAAGCAAUGAAGUUUAAGGCAGAACAAGAACGUACCAAGCAGGAGUUUUAUCGAGCGGAGAGUGCAAACAAGAACCUAAAUAUUAUCCAACUUGCCUUGCAGGCUCAAAUACCUACAAAUCAAAUUCCGCAAUUGCUCACUGGUGUAAUCCCUCAGCAGGGCGUCGAAGAAACCAAGCCCAGAGGGUUGGAUCUGGGACUGCCAUAUCAACCACCAAAACAUACACUUCCACCAUAUCCGCAGUCAGCGCGCUGGGUAAACCCGCAGUUUGCGCAACCACGUCUACUGCUGGAGCAACAAGUCCAAAUGAUUCAAGCUCAACAAAGACAGAUACAAUACAAUCUUCAACAACAACAGCAGCAACUACAAUCUCAGCUGACAAUGCAUACUGCAAUCCCCCAAUUUCCACAGAAGCGAGCUUCAAGUACAGAACUGGAACUUAGUGCUAGCCCAGUGCAGCCUAAGGGAUUUAGGUUUGGAGGUAAUUUAACUUCAAAUAUGUCUCAAGAACGACCGCAGUCCCCGGCCAAAAUUGGAGCUAGCGCGGUGGCACAAUUAAACGCCCCAACUACUCCGUUUCGCGUUCCAAAAUCUACGUCUUCAUCCGUAGGAAAAAGAUCUAGAGGACAUCAACGACAUUCCUCGAUGCCUGUGCUGGCAAUUACUGGCGACGUCUCCCACAAUGCUAGAACAAGGCACCUACGACAAAAUUCACAAGCUUUAGCAAAAUCAUCCCCAUUCGUACAAUCCCCUUCCGGAUCUGCGACAUCCACACUUCAAGUAAAACCGAUACCUGCUCAACCUUUGAAUGAGCAAAAGAGACAGCAGACUCAGCCGCUGCAGGAGUCAAUGCAAUCAUUUCAGCACGUGAUCCAAUUCCAUCAUUGGCAACCAGAGCAAGAUUUCACACCAAGUUCUACAAAAAAUUCACCAAGUCACAAACGUCAUAAGUCCAUGACUAGGGAGGAUUUGCCCUCUGUUUAUUCUGCGACUGAUUACAACGAUAAAAGUUCGAAAGAUGGGCUCACAAACACUCAACAUUACGCAACAGAAAAGUUACAUGAGAAAGAUAGGGCACUAGUUGCUAAUGUUGCAGUUGACGCAGAUGAUGCAGAUCUGUCAGUAGAUACAAGUAUGGUAGAAGCUGCAACAAAGAAGGACGAGCUGGCACAUCCACCAUCUCGAAUUCACUCACGACAGGAACUGAACAUAGGUCGGUACCCCCAUGAUAUUCUCUCUACCAAUCAACUGUAG